AAUAAGAGAAUGAAAAACAGUGACAGAUUGGCUUUGGCGCGACUGAACGAGACGGUUCUCUAUAAAUACCCACACAAAACGCACGCUACGGACUGUACGAAAAAUGGAGUCUCAUUCGCAGUGGAAGAUUUCUGCAAAGAAGAUUUCUCUGGAAGACUAUCUUGAUUUCGUCCUCACGAAGAAGCAAGACCAUCUCAACAUCAAAUUCCUCAAUCAGGUGAUCUCGAUGCACGGUUUCAGGAAAAUUUUCAGUGGUGGAAAGAAAGUGUUGAUUGAUGCUGUGGAAACAUUGGAUCUCAUUGACCCUUCACGCUCCACGCUGCAAUCCAGCAUCUCAUCCAGCGCUUCUAUUACAUUUGAGGAUAUAAUCGCAGAUCUCAACGAUCUCAACUGGCAUGAAUGCUGUGUCACCUCCAUCAAAACUCUGAACUCACCCAAAGAGAUCUCCUCUUCUCUCCAAAUGACCGAUCUCUCUGCACCACAACCAACAUCAAAAAGGAAGCCAAGGGCUCUGCAGGUCAUGAUGGCAGACACCAACAAUCUCAACCAGCAAGAAAGCUAUGCUGCCUUCAUCAAACCCCUGAACUCAUCCAAAGAGUGCUCCUCCUCUCUCCAGGGCGCCCAGCUCUCUGCACAGCUGAAACUGAAACCAAAGCUGAAGAAAAAAGCUCGUGCAAAUGGUAGUGGUGAUGGUUCUUCUUCGUUUGCAUUGUUUCCUUUUGGAUCAUCUUGAUUUAAGAGUUUUAGUGGGUGUGCAGGAGUGCGGGACAGAAAGCAUUAUCGUGGGUUAUGGAAAGCGAAGAUAGAUGAGUGGCUUUAUAGAGAAGAAGAUAGGGGCUUUAGCCUUUCUAUUGAUGUUAGAAAUUCUGAAUAUGUAACUGUUGAUUUGACUGUUUUGAAUUAAGUACUGCAUAGCGGUGUAGAUUGCAGAACCUACUGAUUUGUCAAAAUUUCCAUUAUAAAGUUUGAUAUCUUCU